AUGGUUUAUUAUAUCAAAUCAUUACUUGUUGGCAAAGGUUCAUGGAAUCAUAUUUGGGCGUUGAAAGCGGUGCUUAAGGCGUUUGAACUUGUUUCGGGAUUGGGCAUUAAUUAUCACAAAAGCAAGCUUAUUGGUAUUAAUUUCAACAAGUCUUUCUUAGAGGCCGCCGCUUGUGUUCUUGGUUGUAAGGUGGAAGAUAGUAAGUUUAAAUUUCUUGUGAUUAUGGCUCGGUAUGGAGACUUAGCGACUAAGAUUAUAGGGGGAAAUGAGGAUCAUGUUGGAAACAAAGGGGUUUCUUUGUGGUGGAAUGACUUGGUGAAGAUAGGGAGAAGUCCGUACUUUGAUCCUUUUCUUUCUUCUUGUUGUUUUGUUCCGAAAAAUGGCUUUAAUACGCUUUUUUGGGAAUCAAAGUGGUUGAAUGGUUUGAUUUUGAGAGAUGAAUUUAGAGCGGCUUUCGUGGCUUCUCGGUUAAAAGGGGUGUCGGUGGCGGGGAUGGGCGGAUGGGUGAAUGGUGAUUUGGGGGUUCCGGAGGGGCGGAGGUUGAUUCGGUGGUGGGGGAGGAGAGGACACGAGGAGGCUUUUGGGCUUGUGUGGAAAGCGGGCGUGCCGUUCAAGAUUAAAGCUUUUGGAUGGAGGCUUUUGGCGAAUCGACUUCCAACCAAAGAUCUUUUGUUAAAGAGAGGUAUAUCGAUCUCUUUAGCUCAUGUAAAUUGUGCUUUUUGUGGUAUGGAACCGGAAACAAGGGACCAUUCUUUUGUUGCUUGUAAUUUGGUUAAGAAUAUAUGGAAGGGUAUAGCGUUUUGGAUAGGAAAAAGGGGGAUAGAGGAUAAUGAGUGUUAUUCAAGUUUUAUGGAUUGA